GCAAUUUUAAAAACUCACUGCCAGUUUUGCGCGGCCAUCCUCCCUUGCAUCCGCAAUAUAGGUUGCACAGCCAUAAUUUUUUUUUUUUUUUUUGGUUUACCCUCCUAAUAGUAACCCCGCCUUCGGUUUGGGCCAUUUUCCCUCUUUCCCUCACCGUUUCCUUUCAUUGAAACAGACCGCUUGAUUACGAACUUUGAGGCCUCCAAGGAGAGAGCAAGAAAAAAAAAAAGCACACGAAAAGAGCCAAAGCUGGAACGGGCUCUUUAUUCUGGGACACGAGGGGCGGAGAAAGAGAAGAAGUGAGAUUUCAUCUCAACAUCGGCGGCGGCGCCUGCUAGGAAGAAAAGAGAACGAAAGAAUUCCAGCCGCCCAACAAAACUCUGAUUUUCUCACUAAGCAAGGCUGCGACGGCGACCUAAAAAAACACCAGGACCUUGUUUUACGGUUUCAACGCCCUCUGCCAAUUGUGCCGUUACAAGGCUCCCAGCUUUCACUUUUGAAUCCAAGGGAGAUAAACAGGGGGGAGGGGACGACGGAUAAACACCAAAAAUGGCAGAUCUGGAGCCCAACUGGCGAGUCCGCUUUCUAGCCGGCCAGCCUCCCGCAAAGGUCCGGGUGCGAAAUCUCCAGACGUCCAUUGAAGGCCCUUCCGAUGCCUGGAAUAGGAAGGGAAAGCAGCAGCCCAUCUCUGUAUCCGCCUCUGUCAUGCUCAAGGAGGCCUUUGACACAUCGUCAUCUGCCGACAGAGUGGCGGGUGAUACGGUGCAUUAUGGACUGCUCAGCAAAGCGAUUCUGGCCUCGUUGGAGGGCAAGGGACCGCAGCAUCUGGCCAACAUGGAGAAACCUGGCGAUGCGGCUAGCACAAAUCGAUUUUCAAGUUUACGAGACGUUGUGAAUACAAUCUGGGAAGAUCUUACCAACCAAGAUGCCAAUGGAAAAUCCAAGGCUACCGAUGAUGAUGAAGAAGAAGAGCAACAAGUGAAGUCGUUCCUAAAGGUCUCAACAAUUCGAUGUUUCGAACUCACUGCCCACCUCCCCAAAGCCUCGCUGCUAGGAGGCGGAGUGAGUCUCACCAGAAUAGCCCUCUUUGGACGUGACGGGGAGUCAAGGCCUCAGCCAAGGGGCAUGAGCCUCAAGAUCCAUGACCUCAGGGUUCCUACUCUCAUCGGCGUCAACGGCAACGAGAGGAAGGCGAAGCAGGUCGUUGUUGCGACCAUUGAAAUUGACAAAUUUAAUAUUGACGAGGAUGUCUUCACAAUGAUUGAAGCCGAGACCGUUGAGGUCAUGAGCUCAUCAUCGUUUGAAACACUCGAGGCGCUGGCCAACACUCUGGCUUUCCGGCUUGCCAGCUACCUGCACUCAUCCCAAGCCGGUUCGAUGAACAGAAAGGGAUGGCCAAUCAAGAUUGCACUGGAGAAGCCAAUUGCCGUUGUCCUCGCGGAUGCCGCAUGUGUGCAGUUGAGUGUCAUUUCAUCCGAAGUGCUUGGCGGGAUAUGAUAAUGAAUUAGUAAACAAACCAAGGAACAAGCCUCCUGCAACACAUAACGAACAGUAGCAUCGUGAUGGAGGCGUUGUUGGAUAACCCUGAACCAACAGCAAAAGUCGAUGCUUGAUAAUCAAUACUACCACAGAUAUCCAUUA